CUAGGAGUACCAACUCAUCUGCGAACAGUCCCUUACGAGCGAGCCCGGUAAGGGAAACCCUAGUUCCCAUUCUCCCAGAAGAAGAUCUCGGCCGUGGAUGCACACGAGAACCAGCUCCAAACGAAAUCGGGACCACACAUUCGCGCUUGAGCUUUAUAUAUACGCCAUCUGAUCAACGUCUCCAGCAUAGAAGCCCAAAACCCCAACGCCGAGAGAGAGAGAGAGAGAAGCGCAUCGGAGAUGGCGACCGAGAUCCAGGGCAUCUACGAGGACGGCACCUACGUGGUGUCCUUCGACGAGGACUGCAUCGACACGACGCUCACGGACUCCGGCGACGUGGUGGACUGGUGGCUGGGCGAGACCUACCGCACCCACCACGGCGGCGGCCUCGUCGGCCUCGACGUCGAGUGGCGCCCCUACCGCAUACCGGGCCCCGUCGCCGUGCUCCAAGUCUGCGUCGACCGACGCUGCCUCGUCUUCCAGAUCCUCCACGCCGACUACGUCCCGGAGGCGCUGUUCGGCUUCCUCGCUGACGGGCGGUUCACCUUCGUGGGCGUCGGGGUCCGCGACGACGCGGCCAAGCUGAGGGCCGGGUACGGGCUGGAGGUGGCGUCCGUGGUGGACCUGCGCCGCCUCGCCGCCGACACGCUUGGAAGGUCCGAGCUGCGCCGCGCAGGGCUGCAGGCGCUGGUGUGGGAGGUGAUGGGCGUGCAGAUGGAGAAGCCGCACCACGUGCGUGUGAGCGCCUGGGACGCGCGUACGCUGUCCGACGACCAGUUCAAGUACGCCUGCACCGACGCGUUCGCGUCCUUCGAGGUCGGCCGGAGGCUCUACGACGGCGACUACUAGGGUAUGUCACGCACUCAUGCGUGACUUCGUGUCGUCGGGCGUCGAUCCGCUACUUUUCGUUGGUGUCAUGGUUUGGACUUUUGCAGUCUUCGUCUGUAAAUAUUCUGCUAAGUUAUCCUGAA